UGCUGUUUAUCAACUUGGUUUGUCUAACAAGCAGGUUGGCUCUCCUAAUCUCUCUCUCAAGGUCCGAGUUCCAGAUCUGUGUUCCGAUUUCGAUCGCCAAGCCAUGGGGCUCCCUCUGGUGAUAUACGCCGCGGCGGCGACUUGCGGUUACAUCGUUGGAGGAAACAUCCCGAGGUGGUUGCCUUACCGCGGCCGGAAGUAUGACGAUCCAACGGAGGAAAUAACUGAUGUAGGACCAUAUGAGGGAGGGCCUCUGGGACCUAAAAACGACCUGAACAACGGAGGAGGUGGUAGUUGUCCUCCUCGACGAAAUGAACAGGAAUCGGAUGUAGCUGGCGCUCAUCGGCUCGGGUGUUGGGAAGAAGAACAAGGCGAUAACGGUGACAAUCGAUGCACAGAGAGCGGAGAUUUGGAGUGUGCAGAAGGCUCUGCUCCGUCGAUUGGAGGUGGAUCUUGCGGUGGAUGGAAUGGAUAUAAUGGUAGAUCAUUGGCAACAGAUGGUGGCAGCAGCUGUAUCGGCUUCGACCCGCCGCAGAUCGAGUUUGAGCGGUUGAGUCUGACUUCUCGUGAAGAGGGAGGGGGGGGGAGGAUUCUCCAGGAUCAGUCCCACGUUCACGGUUCUGUUCAUUUCGGCAAUAAUUGCGAACCUUAUUUCUCUGCCGCGGCUGGGUCUUGCUGCGGAGGUGCGUUCUCCUCAGCUUUAGCAGCGGCUAUGGCUGCCGUCGAUUGCUGUUCGACUCCUGUAUCCACUCCUUCCAGCGUCAGCGUGUUGUCAUUUUGGACCAGCUCGGCAGCAGGCUCGGAGAGAUCCACUCCUGGCCAUUCGCGUUCUUCUUCUUCUAUCUCUUCAGCGUCGUUCAUGACAACCACCUCCACCUCUUCUUCUUCUUCUUCUUCUUCUUCUUCUUCUUCUUCUUCCUCCGGUGUGUCCUCUGCUUCGCGAUGUCCUCGUCGACGCUGUAGCAAUUGCUCUUUCUUCAGUCUUCCCCGCGGUCCCGCACAGCUGUUCAACCGCUUCGUCACUUUGAUCUCCGCCUUUGACUCUGCCUCCCUCAUGCCCAGACCCCGCAGUUAUGUGCUCGACACUCUCGCACUUGCUCUCAUAGAAGACUACUUGUCUGGUGGGGAUGCGCAGAGUUUUUGUUCCUGGAGAAGAUUGCAAGCUGUGCCUUGUAACGUCGUUCCUUUCCUUAACCUCGCUUUCCGGAUAUCCGAGGAAGAAAGAGAUCUUGUUGAUCAGUCCGUUGGACCGACAGAUCCUUCCCCGCCUGACUUGUAUGAGGAUGUGGGGUUAAAACCACGAUCACGUUCGAAGGGUAGGCAGCCAGAAACCGACAUCGAUCUGGAAGAAGUAUCGGCAGUGGUCUACGAUUAUCUUCAUCAGCGAGAGCAAGUGGAGGGGAUGGAGGUGUUUGUGCCAUUGGAGCACCAAGAAUCUGACGGCGAUCGGGACAGUAAGGGCAAUGGGCGCCCCCGCGCCUGCAACUUGAAGAAGAGGAAACGGCGUUGCCAGGGCUCCUUCUCUUCGGCCUUCUCCGUCUCUUCCUCCUCGCCCUCCCCCUCCCCUUUCCCCUUCCCUUCUUCCUCUCCCUACUGUUUCUCCUCCUUCGUUUCCUUUUCCUCUAACGGAAGAGCUGCAGGUGAUAAGCCCUUUGCUUGCAGUGACCUCGCCCCCGCGGGGUGCAAUACCGCAAAGAGGCAGCGGUCUCGUGAUCGCAUGCUCCCGGUUGCGCUGCGCAGCUCCUCGUUCGCUUUCAGGCUGAAAAGGGUCAAAUGCAAGGUGAUGGAUUUCCUCUUCAGGCAGCAAAGGAGCCUGUUGCUGGAUCAAGAAUACGAGAUCGACAGUCUGAAGGAAGAACUGGAUACGCUUAGAUCAGAGCUAUUGGAUUGCCAUCAGCAGUUAGCCAAACGAGGUGUGGAGAUUGAACUGCUUCGAUCGGAUCAGCAAGUGUGUUGGUUUGAAGUCAUAGAGCAGUAUGACUUCGAGCCCCGGUACAUCAAGGGCGAGUACAACAACGUUGCUGAUGCGCUGUCGCGUAGACCUGAUUUCUCAGGUGCGCUGAUUACAGAGUUCGAUCUUACGGACGAUGUUACUCACUCUUUGGUGGAAGCCUAUCGCGAGGAGCAGUUCAUGUCUGCGAUCAUACGCAAACUUGAGGUGAAGGAUGAGAAGACUUCUGCCGAGUUUGAGUUGGUCAACGGCGGUUUAGUGUUCUAUUCGAGCAUCUUUCAACGUGGCCGCAGUGCAGCCGUACAAUGUUCAAAUCGGAUGGAAGGAGCCGGUGCGUAGUCGAAACCUGGUCUAAACGCUCGUUAGCUGGACUUAGCCCCGGAACUGAACAGCAGGAUAAAAAGCUUGGAUAUGA